GAUGAGUGUGGUUCUUCUCCUGCUCUUGGUGUCCAGCAGCACCAGCAGCACCAGCGGUGCUGAGCCAGAGCAGGCUGUGCCGAGACGGGAGCCGCGGCGGCUGUCGUGUGUGCGAUGCUGUGGCCCUUCGGAGCAGCCUCUCUCCAUCCUCUCCUCGCGGCACACAAGGAUGAGCAGUGACCCUGCCUACACUGCACCCAGAGUCCAACCCACUAUAGACAUCACCAUCCUCAAAGGUGAGAAGGGUGAGAUGGGAGAGAGAGGCUACCCUGGAGCAGUUGGGAAGGAAGGAGAGAGAGGGCUUCGUGGCUUUAACGGACGGAAGGGCCAGAAGGGGCAGCCUGGCCCCCAGGGCCACUCCUGCAAGCAGCUCUACGCUGCCUUCUCGGUGGGCCGCAGGAAGCCUCUUCACAGCUCGGACUACUUCCAGCACCUCACCUUCGACACGGAGCUGGUGAACCUCUACAAGCACUUCAACAUGUUCUCGGGGAAGUUCUUCUGCUACGUGGCAGGAAUCUACUACUUCAGCCUCAAUGUCCACACCUGGAACUUCAAGGAGACCUACCUGCACCUGAUGAAGAACGAGAAGGAGGUGGCCAUCCUCUACGCCCAGCCCAGCGAUCGGAGCAUCAUGCAGAGCCAGAGCCUGAUGCUGGACCUGCAAGAAGGGGAGGAGGUCUGGGUGAGGAUGUUCAAGAGGGAGAGAGAAAAUGCCAUCUACAGUGAGGAGUCUGAUGUCUACAUCAUCUUCAAUGGCCAUUUAAUCAAGCCAGCCAUAGAGUAACCGUUCCUCAGCUUUAGGCUCAGAGCUUUGGUAGAUACCCUUAGUUGCCCAGAAAGCUCUAAUCCAUCCCAGACCAGAACCAUUGGAGGCUCAAGUGAAGAGCUGGCAAAAGGCUCUGAUCCAUCCCAAACCAGAACCAUUGGAG